AUUGUUUUACAAAACCAGAGGAAGAGGACUGUGGAGAGGAGUCGUCAUCAUCAUCAUUAUCCCGGAUAAGGCCUCCCGACGUACGUGGCGCAUCCGCUUCUACCUCUCUGUCGCUGUCUGUCUGUCUGUAUCUCUUUAUCUUUCGUCAUCUGUUUAUCAGAUGGUAUAAACCCCGUAUAGAUACGCCUCUCCCUCCCUCUCUCUGCGGACUAACUUCUUGGUUUGCAUUUUUUCUCUCAACCGUCUUUUGGAUGCAAACCAUGCCCACCACCAAGGUCUACAUAGUAUUCUACUCUUUGUACGGGCAUGUGGAGGAUAUGGCUAGAAAAAUACAAGAAGGAGCUAAUGGGGUUGAAGGUGUGGAAGCAACGCUUUGGCAGGUGCCAGAGACGCUCCCAGACAGGGUACUGGAAAAGAUGAAGGCCCCUGACAAACCACAUGAUGUGCCGGAGAUCAGGCCAGAACAGCUCGUGGAGGCUGAUGGCUUUCUUUUUGGUUUUCCUUCUCGUUUUGGCGUGAUGGCAGCGCAGUUCAAAGCCUUUUUUGAUGCAACUCACGAGCUGUGGGCUACCCAAGCCCUUGCUGGCAAACCUGCUGGAAUCUUCUGGAGUACCGGUUUCCAUGGGGGAGGGCAGGAGCUUACUGCAUUGACAGCCGUUACGCAGUUAGCACAUCACGGUAUGAUAUUUGUCCCUAUAGGAUACACAUUUGGGAGUGGAAUGUUUGAGAUGAAUGAGGUGAAAGGUGGCUCUUCGUAUGGUGCGGGAACUUAUGCGGCAGAUGGAUCUCGUCAGCCCACAGAACUUGAACUCCAACAGGCCUUUUAUCAGGGUAAAUAUGUAGCUGAACUUACCAAAAAGCUCAAACCCCGACCCCUUCCAGCGCAAUAAACAUGUAUUCGGAUGUGGUAAUAUGUGACAGGAACAUCAUAUAUUACUGGGAAUGGAAGGUACUUGACCGCCUUCUGACUUGUACUGUAUAAUCCUAUGGAAAAUGUCUCAAACAUGUACAGCACUAAGACUACUAAUUGCAGUCUAUAAUUUCUAUCAAAACCUCCGCAUUACUAGUA